GUGGAGAAAACGUAUGACAUCAGAAGAAGGUUGAGUUGCGUUCACUUAAAGGCGCCAACUUGCAAAGAAAUAUUAUAUUUCUGAUAAACCAUGUGAAUCUAUUUAUUUCCUAUGUAAAAUCGAUGUUGACAACGUUGCAGCAUGCCUCUGUCAACUGAAUCUCAAACAGAUAAUGACCAGUACAUCCUGAUAGCCAGUUUGGAUAACGCGAGAAAUCUGUCCAAUAUUCUGAAAGCCAUCUCAUUAAAGGACCAUGCCAUAUUUAAUGCAACGCAGAAUGGGUUAAAGGUCACGGUGGAGGACUCCAAAUGUCUCCAAGCCAAUGCAUUUAUUCAGACAGACAUCUUCCAAGAAUACAUUAUCAAAGAGGAUGCGGUUGGGUUUCAAGUUAACUUAACUGUGCUUCUGGAUUGCCUCACCAUCUUUGGGGGUAGUACAGUCCCAGGUGUGUGCACUGCCCUGAAAAUGUGCUACAAUGGCUAUGGACAUCCGCUGACCUUGUUUCUGGAGGAAGGUGGCGUGGUCACAGUAUGCAAGAUUAAUACACAGGAGCCAGAGGAGCCAAUUGACUUUGAUUUUUGCAGCACAAAUGUAACUAACAAGGUGAUUCUGCAGUCAGACAGUCUUAAAGAGGCAUUCUCCGAGCUUGAUAUGACCAGCGAGGUUCUGCAGAUUACUAUGUCACCAAGCCAUCCUUACUUCAGAUUAUCCACAUUUGGAAAUUCCGGAAAUGCUCAUUAUGAUUACCCCAAAGACUCCGACAUGAUGGAGCUUUUUCAGUGUACUAAAACACAGACAAAUAGGUACAAGAUGUCCCUGUUGAAACCCUCUACAAAGGCCUUGGCCCUGUCUUGUAAAGUCUCUGUGAGAACUGAUGUCCGAGGCUUCCUCUCUUUGCAGUAUCUUGUGAGGAAUGAUGAUGGUCAGAUUUGUUUUGUGGAAUACUAUUGCUGCCCGGAUGAAGAAGCAGAAGAAGAAUAGGUUGGAUGUUUAAAAUUGGGGUCAUUUGAUUGAUUGGUUCUUAUAAUUGGUGUCUCCACUUGGAACAGCAAAUGUUUUCAUGUAGUUUGGUAUUAAAGGGUUAGUUCACCUUCAAAAUGAAAAUUCCCUCAUUAUUUACGCACCCUCUUGUCAUUUCAAACCCGUAUGACUUUCUUCUGCAGAACACAAAAGAAGAUAUUUUGAAAAAUGUUGGUAACAGAAAACCAUUGGUCCCCAUUGACUUGCAUUGGUUUUGUGUCCAUACAAUAGAAGGGUACCAACGGUUUUUGGUUCCCAAUUUUUUUUAUAUAUUAUCUUUUGUGUUUUGCUGAAGAAAUAAAAUCACACAGGUUUAAAAUGGCAACAGAGUGAGUAAAUGAUGUAAAUGAAUUUUCAUUUUGAAAGUGAACUAUUCUUUUUUAAUUGCUUUAAUGGUUUAUGUAAUUCUAUAAGCUUCAUCACUCUGAUAUUCUUGUUUGAUAUUAAAUUUGUAUUUAUCUGAAUUCAUUUGUCAAUAGAUCUUUAUGUAGUUAAAUAAAGGUCAACUUU